ACCGGCAUUUCAGCGUUUCAUCGCCGGCAGGCGAGAGUGUUCCUGUAUUAUUUAUUUAUUUAUUGUCUAAGACUUUUAUUAUUUUCAAGAUGUUGUGCCUGUGCCUUUAUGUGCCUGUCCAUAAUUCAGAUCAUGUCGAGGUGGAGUAUUUUGAAUCGAAUGGAUUACCGUCCGAGCUGAAGUCGCUCAAGUCUCUCAGCGUCCUUCUGCCGUCGCAGGAAUUCUCUACAUACCGAAAAUGGAAGAAGAAAAUAUUGAAAACUGACGUGAAAGAGCCUGAUGGGCAGCUGGACUUUGAAGAGUUUGUUCACUACCUCCAAGACCACGAGAAAGACCUGAAGCUUGUCUUCAAAAGCCUGGAUAGAAAGAAUGCAGGUCAAGUGAACGCCAAUGACAUUGUGAGCUCCCUGAGAGAUCUUGGAGUCCAUAUUUCCCUGCAGCAAGCGGAGAAAGUCCUUAAUAGCAUGGACAAAAACGGCACAAUGACUAUUGACUGGAAUGAAUGGAAAAAGUAUCCCACACUGCAGCCUGCAGAGAACAUUCCCGAAAUCAUCCUGUACUGGAAACACUCGACUAUCUUUGACGUGGGAGAGAACCUGAUGGUACCAGAUGAGUUCACGUCUGAGGAGCACAUGACGGGGAUGUGGUGGAGACAUCUGGUUGCUGGUGGAGGAGCUGGAGCCGUGUCACGAACCUUCACUGCGCCGCUCGACCGACUCAAAGUCCUCAUGCAGGUACAUGGUGCUCAUGGGAACAACAUGUGUAUCAUGAGUGGUCUCGCCCAGAUGAUCAAGGAAGGAGGGAUGCGUGCGUUAUGGAGGGGCAACGGCAUCAAUGUCAUCAAAAUCGCACCCGAGUCGGCCCUCAAAUUCAUGGCUUAUGAGCAGAUCAAACGGCUGAUGGGAAGCAAUCGGGAAACUCUGGGGAUCACGGAACGUUUUGUAGCAGGUUCCCUGGCAGGAGUCAUUGCUCAGAGCUCCAUUUACCCCAUGGAGGUUCUCAAAACUCGUCUGGCGUUAAGAAAGACAGGCCAGUACAAGGGCAUCUCAGACUGCGCCAAACAGAUCCUGAAGACGGAGGGAAUGUCUGCGUUUUACAAAGGCUACGUACCCAACAUGCUGGGCAUCAUCCCGUACGCUGGCAUCGACCUGGCAGUCUAUGAGACGUUAAAGAACAGCUGGCUUCAACGCUACGGCACGGAAAAUGCGGAUCCGGGCGUCUUUGUGCUUCUGGCGUGUGGUACGGUCUCCAGCACGUGCGGUCAGCUUGCCAGCUACCCGCUGGCUCUCGUACGAACACGCAUGCAGGCGCAAGCUACGGUUGAGGGCGCUUCCCAGGUCUCAAUGUCGGGACUCUUCAAGCAGAUCAUGAAGACCGAGGGCCCCGCGGGUCUCUAUCGGGGCCUGACCCCAAACUUCCUGAAGGUCAUCCCCGCGGUCAGCAUCAGCUAUGUGGUGUACGAACACAUCAAGACGACGUUAGGAGUGCAGUCGAGAUGAGCCUUGAUGGAAAAGGACUAAAUCUCAGGGAUUUGAACCUUGAGGUGUGGACGAUCUCAUUCUGUGAAUGUGAGGGUGGAGGAUGACGCUGUUGAUUAACAUCUCGUUAUUUAUUUAGUGUACUAAAUCUGUAGAAAAGACGUUCGAAAGCUGAAAUCAGGGACCAAAUGUAUUCAUGUGACCACUGUGUGUGUGUGUGUGUGUGUGAGUGUGAUAUGUGUAUGUAUGCAUAUAUAAGUGCCACUGAGAAUGAAUCAAGUGCUGUUUAUGAUCCAGGUGGGCAAUGCAAUUGAAUCGACACUACAAACACAGAACAGUUUGUCUGUGAAAUGCAUUAUUUGAUGCUGACUGAAGUUGCACUGCCCACUUUCUUACUAAUGCUGCUUUAUAUUGACUAAAGUAAUAUAUUUAUACAUCUUUAACCAGGUAUUUAUUUAUGUUGUGGCAUCUGAGAGUUUAAUGAACGUGUUCGCUGCACAGUGUCUCCGUUAAAGCCAGUGUUUUUCAGUAGUUAAACUGUACUGUUGUGUAAUUUAAUCUUAAUUCUGGUUAUUUUAGUUCUACUGCUGUCUAAUUUAAGCUGGUUAUUUUAAAUCGGCACAGUUAUGUUCUUCGCUUUGCCUUAAUGUAAGAGAAUGUCUGGUUAAUUUGUAAGCAAAUGCACUUUAAUUGCUUUAGUCAAUUGUGAAGACUGUAUCUUGCAACGUUGUCGAAGGGUGUGAAUGUUUGUUAAUGGGGACCAUAUGUUCAAGUAAUAAAUGCACAUGAUACGCUUACUUGCAGUAUUGGUUGGGUAUUGAAGGUUUUGAGUUCACUAAUUUCAACAUAUAAAUGCACAGGUUUGAGUUUGAGACGGUUUGUGGAAACCUCUAUCCGGAAACUGCUUUAAGAUGGAUGUUCUUGUGAAUUGAUGAUUUGAGUUUUAUUGUAACAGUAUUUGUUUCAGUCAAAGUGGCUCUUAUUUUAGUUUGUUUUAGAUCAUUUUAUUUUUUUUUUCCUUAAAUGUAAUUUAUUUUUUCAAUAAAAACGUAAUAUUCAUAUUA